GACUUUCGGACCCAUUUUCGAUGAUCGCCGUAUUGUGUCUUCGUAUGAGCAAAUACGACGUUUCCAGUGAGGAGGGAGCGAUUUGAGUUGAGCUCGAGGGUGCGUGCAGGAAUGUGUCAUGCGACGUUGGCGUCGUAGCUGUUGAUUGAUGAGGGUGGAAUUCGGAAAUCAAGUCCUGUGCGUGGUUUGCGACGGCCCUUGGAAGUCGACUCUGUAUCAAUAUUGACAUUUAGGGUUUCUCAUUCUGUGUGUGAAGAGGUUCUGCUGCUUGUGUGGUUGGGGCCGAGGAGCGUGUUCUUCGUUUAGUGAAAUGCAUCGCUUGGUCAGGAGGUUUUCAAGAGGAUGGACGUUUCCUUCUCUUCAGCGAUUAGCCACCGUCACUUCAUUAUUACGUGAACCGCCAAUUUUGACAGAUAGGGAGCAUUUUAUAAGAUCCUUUUGUAAUUCUAAGCUUGAGUUCUCAUCUUAUCAGACACUCAGACAUUCUCGUUCGUCUGAAAGCUUCGACAGUGAUUUGGAUACGUUUCAGGCAGAAUUAGACCAGAUUUACGACAACAACAAACGUGACCCUGGACUUGUAAACCAUAAGCUCUACAAUUUGCUUCUGGAAGAGGACAUGAUUAGGUUAGCUCACAGGAGCCUCGUGGUUGCAGCUGGACAUGAAAAGGAUUUCUACGAACGACGAGGAUUGGUGAGGGAGAUUUUGAAGGAACUUCAUGAUGAGAAAUUGCAGUUUGAACCGCUUCUUCAACCCCAGAGUGAAGGAGGUCUGAAAUAUUCUUACGUACCCCCACCAUACCGGGAUAGGGUGGUCGUAGAGGCAAUGAGGAUUUUGCUUGAAAAGGUUUAUGAGCCGUUAUUUUUGGACUCAUCUCAUGGCUUCAGGCCAUCUAGAUCACGCCACACAGCUUUACAGUCAGUAAGAAGGGACCUCCAACACCACAAAUUUGCUCUUGUAGGUAGAAUAGAUAGCCACAAUUUCAAUCACCAUGUAUUAAUCAAGCAAAUGGAGCAGAAAGUUGGUGACAAAAGAUUUAUACGUCUCGUAUGGAAAGCAUUGAAUGCGGGUCACGGUAACAGGAAACCUCAUAUCUGGACCGUUAAAAGUAUAUGGGAGGGAAAGCACGAAGCCAUGACGCUGUCUACCUUGUUUUCCAACAUAUAUCUCCAUCCUAUAGAUUGCUGGAUUCGUGACAGAAAGCACGAGUUCGACACAGGGCGGAUUUUCAAACCUACCGACCCACUUGUGUUGAAUCUUACGUGCAGGAUAGUUCGUCUCCAGCGAGAAGGGAAGCCAGCGAGGGCAAAAGUGUUGGCUGCUCGCAAAGCUCAACUUGAGGAAAAACGGCAUAGUUCGUUAAGCUUUCGUAAGUUGUUCUAUGUGCGGUAUGCAGAUGAUUUGUUAUUGUCAUGUAUUGCCAGAAAAGAGGACAUGCUUGGCAUCAAAACAGACCUGGAGGAGUUUUUGAAGAAAGAUAUUCAGCUUAGCAUGUCUGAAGAGUUUAUUGUAACUCGUCUUGGAAGUAGUCAUGCUUUUUUCUUAGGAACAAUGGUUAGUGUAGCCAAGUCCCCAGAGGUUGCCUCUCAAACUCAGUUACGUCCCGGGGAUUUGGGUAGGGUCAGUUUGAAAGCUCCCAUGGAGAAAAUUAUCAUCGAAUUAUCCAAACUUGGGAUGGUAUCGGUCGGCGGCACUCGACCCCAUCCUGUCACAUAUUUGGCCAGGUGCUCCCAUAACGAGGUUAUAAGCUACUAUAACUGGAUAAUGCGAGGUUGUUGCACAUAUUACUCGUUUGUGGAUAAUUUCUACCAUCUCACAAGCUAUCUAAGGCUUGCGCUGAGGAGCAGUUGCGUGCGGACAUUGACAAUGAAGCUGAAGCGUUACCGAUCUGCAAGAACAUACAAAGAGUUCGGCACAGAGUGUGCAGCUAGGUAUAGAGUUCCUAUAAGAAACGGCAGUGUUGUUGAUGACCAUCUGUCAGAUGAGGAACGAGCCUUACUUAAGAAGCGGAUGAAUGACGCGAAGAGACUGAGACUUGAUUGGGAUGAUCUUGGGGAAAUUGAGAAAGGGUUGCUUCAGAGGUUUAUAAUUCCGAAACGAACACAAGAGCCCAAUGGAGAUGUAUACCUGGAUUUCAGAGGCGAUUAUUUAAUUUUUUGUAGUAAACAUACGGAGCAUGAGGAGACUAAGCGUGCUUUAAGGAAGCUGGAAUUGCUUCCUCCUUCACAAAAUGUCUGGAAUUUUAAGGAAACUUUAGUGCCUCCACCAAGGCCGCGAUUAUCUGUUGAUUAUGAGAAAUUGUUCCUAUAUUGACAGCUUGGCUUUGAGAAGUGACACACUUUGGGAGCAAGACAAGUGAAGAAACGGUUUUACAGGUGCUUGCAUUGAAGCUCCUCGCACUUGAAUUUUUUUACAGUGCUGUUGCACAAUUGUAGAAAAAUGUUGAUAGCACCUUAAAGUUCUUCAGAUCGAAGUUCCCUGGGUUCCCAAGUAUAUUUGCUGUUGCUUUCAAGUAGAAGUUGACUUCUGAUAUUUGUGGGCAGUUCGUGGUAUUGCAAGGGUGUUGAUAGAAUAUGGAUCUGUCCUUCAACAAUCUUGCUGAAAAAUCAUCCAAAUGAGCCAAAGGUGAAACGAAGGAGCUUGAUGAAGAAACGAAGUAAAUACAUGGACUCUUUUCUUUGAUCCAGUUGAUCGAGCAAGUCAGUGUCGCAAUUUGAGAUCCACCAAAGCCCCCACCUUUUGAGGCUGCCUCGUCUAAUGUUUCUAGCUACUCAUGAAGCACUAUGCAACUGCAAAUGCAAUACCAAGCUAAGAAGACUUUUGCAUGACAUUGCAAGUGACUGAUACUUGAUUGAAAAUCAACUAUGUACGAGAAAUUGCGGUAAAAUUUUAGAUCGAAGUCCA